CCCCAAGUACGUCCGAGUCGACAAGCGGGCAAGAGUUCGGAUCGUGGCAGAUGUCAUACACAUGGCAGACAUCGAGGGCACUGAGAACACCCGAAGUUGACUCGGAUAUCCUUUACCGUAUUCAUCACCGGACAGCCGAGUUCGAGCUUGUUGGCUCGGCACAGCAGCUUUUCGUUUCUGUCAUUGACAUUAUGAUCUCUUAUUUUAAUAUGCGAUAUCUUGGCGUCGUGAUGCGUACUCCCGAGCAGUGGAGGACUUCAGACACUGCUACUUAAGGCUUGGAUAGUACCCUUUGUCUUUCGUAACUUAGGACACCCCUCAGCUAGAGACUCGAGAGCAGCAGAAACAUUUUAUCGCCAACGAUGGAGUCCACUGUUGAGCCUUUGGUCUUGUCGGGAAGUAUGGAUCUCGUUGAUUCUCCGUACAAUUAUGUUCCGUCAACGGCAAUUGCUAUAAUAUUUGUGGUAUUGUAUUUUAUCUCAACAAUCUGCCAUGUAGGUCAAGGUCUCUAUUACCGGAUGUGGUGGGUCUUCCCCACCAUAUGCCUGGCCGGAAUCAUGGAGGUACUUGGCUGGAGCGGUCGUUUGUGGUCGAGUUUCUCUCCAAGUCUUACCAACCCAUUUCAAAUCCAAAUUGUUUGCACUAUCCUCGCACCGACGCCUUUGGUUGCGGCUAACUUCGUUGUCCUCGGCACAUUGAUCAAGAAAUUGGGUCCUGUAUAUAGCAGGCUCACUCCUCGAAUGUAUUCCAUUAUCUUUUGUACCUGCGAUGUCAUCGCCUUGACUAUCCAAGGUGUUGGAGGAGGAAUUGCAUCGGCAGCUGACACUCUACCGGCCGCCAACAGGGGUGAAAAUAUCAUGCUCGGGGGCAUUGUGUUCCAGCUGGCUGUGAUCACUGUAUAUGUUCUUUGUGCUGCCGAGUUUUUUGUACGAUACAUCAAGGACAUUCCCAUUGUAUCCCGUACUGCCAAUAGCCAGGUGAACGUUGCCUCUACGAAGCCUAUCUACUCUCGCGGCAUCAUGAGUGGAAAAUCGUUGCUCAUGUUAGGAGCGUUGACUCUCAGCACCUUCUGUCUCUAUAUCCGAGCUGUAUACCGUAUUAUCGAGUUGAGUGAUGGGUGGAACGGCGUAAUCAUUUCCACUCAAGUGUAUUUCAACGUCUUUGAUGGUGCUAUGGUCGUAUUAGCAAUCUACAUCAUGAACUUUGCGCAUCCAGGCCUAUUACUUGGAUCAGAUCAAGCCGUUCUCUCUUCGGAAGUUUCGGCGGGCUCUCUUGAACUUGGGACUGAAGAGACGGUUAUGGAGACGAUUACAGCAGAGCGUAAAUAGUUAGUGCUUCGGUUUACUUUGAGGAGGUAUCAGAACAGUAAUUGUUACUCCUUCGAAUUCAUACGGAAAGGGUACUACACGAACCUAGAUUGCAAAACGUACGUGUAGAACUACUAUUCAGCUUAUUACUUAUUCCAUGUAUAAUCCAUAUAUGCGGUCAAAGUGUAACCAGCAAUCAGGUCGUCCCUCGAACUCAAGGCUGUUGGCAGCCGUUGGCGGAUGCCACU